CAGGAUCUUCGUUAGAGGAGCAGACUGGUCAACCGCGUUGGCAUCGUAUCGACGAACGGAACAGGGCAUCGAGGAAUUUGGCCCGAGUUCGCUAUCCAUCGAUGCAGCAAUGGCGUCCUCCGCUUCUUCUGUGAUCUCUCCAGCGAGCAUUUCCUCAUCUCUGCUGUACUCCGAUUCCAAUGGAAAACCCUGCUCCUUUUGUUCACGUGGGUGUUCCCCUUCCGUCGUCUCCUUCGGGAAUGGAAACGCAAAGCUUCGAGUUGCUUAUCUGUCCUCGAGCAGAGACUUUUCGAAUUUCCUGACGUACAAUUUCGGAGGGAGGAAUCUGGGAAGCGGAAAACUUAAACCCUUACAUUCUCUAGGGUUUUCGGAGAAGAGAACCAGCUUGCGAUGGUCCGUUGUGUCUGCAGUCUCCGCAGAUACUGCACAGACCUCAGAGGCAGAGGCGUCGGAGGAAUCUGCGUCCCAGCUUGUCGACAAGCUACUGUCCCUGGUGAAAGAUUCUGACAGGGGAGCACUGCUCGGAGCAGAGGAGCAAGCCAAUGUUGCCGACGUAGUCGACCAACUUGAGAAAAUAGGAAUGCCAGAACCUCUCAAAAGCCCUCUCAUAUUUGGAGAUUGGAAUGUUGCAUACUCUUCAAAUCCGACCUCUCCUGGAGGACCGUAUCGUACCUUCAUAGGCCGAAUCUUGUUCAGAACCAGGGACAUGGUUCAGAGCGUGAUUUCGCCUGACGUUGUCUCGAAUGUUGUCCGAUUUGCCUUGUUUGGCUUCAUCGGCGGAGAAGUGAAUCUGAAUGGAAAGCUCACACCUCUAGAUGACAAGAUGAUACAGGUUGAUUUUCAACCGCCUGAUCUACAGAUAGGCCCCUUCAAGUUCACAUACGGAGGAAUGUCAUCUGUGAAAAUCUCUAUAAUAUACCUUGAUGACUAUCUCAGGCUGGGUAGAGGAUCCAGAGGUACAGUAUUUGUUUUCACAAGGCGGUAGGGUGUGAAGCACAGGAGUAGUACUUGGGACUGAACUGCUCGCAAGUGCAGUUGUAGUCACAGUACGCCUCUUGUGGUGUACAGAGAAGUUGUAUCAUUUGAAACCAAGCCGAUGGCAUGAAAGUUUCGGUGUCUUGUGCAGAUGCUGAGGUGCAAUUAACAGUCGUCCUCAUUACUAAAUAUUCUUCUACUAACCGUCUGAUCAUAAUGGACCUUGCUAGUCUAUUUGCACUUGAAUCUUCGAGUUCUAACGGCAUGGCUUGAGUUUCUCGAGAAGCUAAGAUCAGCUAAAGCUGAAUGUGGCUUUUGAAGAAACUCAAGCCAGAGGUUUCCAUGGUACCUCUCUUAAUUAAUUCGUUUGUUAUCUGAUUCGA